GGCUCCAAGAACUUUGAAGAGCGCAUGCGUGCGCCAGCUCGUUCCUUUUUCCUCCUUGGGCGUCUGAAGGCAAGAUGGGUCACCAGCAGCUCUACUGGAGUCACCCGCGGAAGUUCGGCCAGGGUUCUCGCUCUUGCCGCGUCUGCUCUAACCGCCACGGUCUGAUCCGUAAAUACGGGCUGAACAUGUGCCGACAGUGCUUCCGUCAGUAUGCGAAGGACAUAGGCUUCAUUAAGUUGGACUAAGCGACCUGAAUGGAUGAUUCGACUGUCUACCCAGAGAAACCAACUGUCUACCCUGUGAUACCAAUCAUGCUAGUCUUUGUGCACACAGAAUAAAAAAACUGAAGGCCUCU